ACGGCGGCGGGCGCGGGGUCACUGGCGCUGCAGGAGCCGGGCCUGUGGCUCGGGGAGGUGGAGCUGGCGCCGGAGGCGGCGGCGCAGGACGGGGCGGAGCCGGGCCGCGUGGACACGUUCUGGCAAUGGACCUCACCACGACCGUUGCUGUAUUUAUAAUGAAAACAACUUGGUGGAUGGUGUUUAUUGUCUCCCCAUAGGACACUGGAUCGAGGCCACUGGGCACACCAAUGAGAUGAAGCACACAACAGACUUCUAUUUUAAUAUUGCCGGCCACCAAGCCAUGCAUUACUCAAGAAUUCUACCAAAUAUCUGGCUGGGGAGCUGCCCUCGUCAAGUGGAACACGUAACCAUCAAACUGAAGCAUGAACUGGGGGUUACAGCCGUCAUGAAUUUCCAGACGGAAUGGGAUAUUGUACAGAAUUCCUCAGGCUGUAACCGCUACCCAGAACCCAUGACUCCGGACACUAUGAUUAAGCUGUACAAGGAAGAAGGCUUGGUCUACAUCUGGAUGCCGACACCAGAUAUGAGCACUGAAGGCCGCGUCCAGAUGCUGCCGCAGGCGGUCUGUCUCCUCCACGCGCUGCUCGAGAACGGACACACCGUGUACGUGCACUGCAACGCCGGCGUGGGCCGCUCCACGGCCGCCGUGUGCGGCUGGCUGCAGUACGUGCUGGGCUGGAGGCCCAGGAAGGUGCAGUACUUCCUCGUGGCCAAGCGGCCGGCUGUGUACAUUGAUGAAGAAGCCUUGGUCCGGGCAGAGGAAGAUUUUUAUCAGAAAUUUGGGAAGGUUCGUCCUUCCAUACGCGGUGUGUAGGUGAUGGGCCUGGACCCCCUCCCUCCAGGUUUCCUUAGGAUGCCUGGGGUGAUGACAGUAAAUGACCCAGAGACCGAGAUUAUUCCUCCUGACCCACCUUCUCUAGUCUGGGCUGGCUUUCUGUUACGCUUUGAUUGAGCUGUAUCUUCUCUGAAAUAUUUCACAAAGAAAGCUGUGACUGACACACAGAAAAAUCCGCAAGCAGGUGGGCUAUACAGUUUUUCUAGCAUUAGACAGAAGGGAAGGGGUGCAGUUCCACUGCGAGCAGGCGGCCGGGCCCUUGCUGCAUGGUUGCUGCUUUUCUGUAAAUUCACGGCCGCCCUUGCGUGUUGCAUUGAGACGCGGUGCGGGGAUGAGGUGUUACGUAGAUGUCAUCACUGUGUGUGCGUGUGCACCAGCCCGCGUGUGGGCACACGCACGCGCGCACACACACACACAGCCUUUCUGCUGUACUGAACUGAAAUCAUAAAAUAAGAAUCAGUUAGUUGGCCAAAGAAGGGAAUCAGGUGGGUAAGAGCCCAAUACGGCCAAAGGCGAUGACUUUCUAGACUUUUUCUUUUGCAUCGUGCUUUAGCUGUUCCAAGUGUGUUCCAAGUCUUCACCUUCCUUCUCUUCCCACAACCAUGUAGAUUUAUUAUCUGUUUGUUUUAGGCUCAGUGAGCACAGAGAGCUUGCCCAAGGCCUCAGGGCUGGUCAGGGAUGAGCUGGAGUUUAUAACCGAGGUUUAUUUGACUCAGUGCAUUUUCAAUACAGCUAGUGGCUUUGCCAGCAUACUGAAGUGAGUUCAGUUUCUCUCAGAAUAAGGUCGAUUUUUCUGCAGUAGUUUCUGCGGUGAGAAAUGGAACAGUGUUCCGAUCAGUUGCCAUAGAAUUCAGGAAAGUAGUUAUCCUAAAUUAAACCAGAGUAGGCCGUCUCAAGGCCAGGGCGGCCUGAGCCAUACAUAGCUCACAAGAGGAGCUGUAUUCCCCAAAGGGCCCAAAGGGCCAAAAUCCACAGAUAAUUGUUCCAUGACUUAAGAGUUACUUUAAAGAAAAGAAGGAGCAGAAAAAUAAAAUACAGUCGUUGUGCUUCCAGACUAUGCGAUUUGCUACCCUAAGUUCCAUAGGAAACGCAAAGUUUAGUAAGACUCUGCCUCCCAAAAGCUCAGAGCCUAGAAACAGCGCUGUGUUCCGUCAGGUGCACUGCAGUACUGACCUCGUAACGACGGGCUAGAAUGGGGAAGGGGAGUAACUUUUACUGGGUGCCUCUUACGUGCUGGGAGCUUUACGAUCUUAUUUAAUUUAAUCUUCACGGUACCCUGUGAAGGUAGGUUUUAUUAUCGCCACUAUAUAGAAGAGGAAACGAAGGAAGUCUCAGAGAGGUUAAAUCAGCUGUCCAGUAUUACACGGUGAGGAAAUAGAUGAAAUGAGAUACAGAGCUAGGUCUGUCUGACACGAAGCCCAUACUUUUUCUAUUAAGCUACAGCGCUUGUUUAUUUUUCUGCCCCUUCUUAUCUUCCAUAAAUAUUCACUGAUAGCUGUGAGAGACUCUGAUUCAGGAAUUGUGGGGGUAAGAAGGGUGCAAGGUGAGUCCAGGGGAGUUCAGAGGAGGGGGAGGCAUCGUGUAACUGUGGGACUCAGGGGAGAUGGAUGUUUAAUUUGGACUGAGAGGGUUGGACGGGGCACAUGUAUCCUACAAUUUUACAAAGCUAAAUUUAUAAGCCAGGAUUAAAUAAUGUGAAGUCCAGCUCUCUUGCUAAAAAUAACUAGAAAUAACUGUUGUAUCCAAGUAACCCAUUAACAGUCAUAAUGUGUCAUGUAAAAUUUAAUCAUAAAAAUGGAAUAUUUCUAACUAAUUAUAUAACUCUGUGUGUGUGUGUGUGUGUGUGACAGAGAGAGAGAGAAAAUUUCUUUAAUGUCUAAGAAUACAUAAUUUCCAUUAUAGAAAGCCUUUUUUGGGUGGAUUUUUUCCUUUUUUGCUUUGAUAGGCAAAAUCAGUUUAGGGCUAUUAAAGAAUGUUUUGGAACAACCUCUUGUCCUCAGUGAAUGGGAUGUCCAAUUUAUUUCAAAAUCCCUGGAAUUUUUGCUAAGUAAAAGUAUUAAAAAUGACCUCUGUGUACAGACUUUUUUUUUAAUGUUAUUUAUUUAGUUUGAAACCCAGAAGAACAAACCGUAUUUCCUUAUUUGUAAAAGAGGCAGUCAUCUGAGCUAAAUUGUUUUUCCUUAUCACUCUUACUUUCUCAUUAGCUGAUGGAAAUUGGCAGUUACAGGACAAAGGGAAGUCAAAACUGAGGGGACCACAAAGAAGCUCAAGGGUGUGUCAGAGAAAAUCGAAGCAGAUAUUGUGUCAUUAGCUGCUUGUCACUGGUGUUAACAAACUUUUGUCACAGAUUUCUCAAAGAAAAUCAUAAGAUCUCACUCAUGGAAAAGAAACGUCCAAACAAGGUUACUUUCUUUUAGACUUGAAACAUUGUUCUUCAAAAUUUUUGUGUGCCAGUGUGAGGAAAAAUCUAAAAAAAGAAAUACACUCUUUUGAUCACUAUUAAGGUUUGAGUGAAAACUGCUUGGCUUGGCCUAAGAAAUAAUGAUGAAAAAAUGUAGUUAGGACUUUGAAAACUACAAGGAAGUAAUGAAUGGAAAGAUUUGAGAACAAGCUAGCCAGGAACUGAGAACUUGCCACACAUGAAAGAAACACUGAAUAGCUAAACAUAAAGUCCGUUUGAUCAAAAGUCAAAAUUGAAAGUAUCUUUGGAGAUAAUCUAGUUUAAUUCCUUCAUUUUACAGAAGAGUAAACUAGACUCGGAGCCCUCAAAUGACUCUUCCUGCAGCAAAGAGUAUUAAUUGAGGACCGGCGGAAAGAAAUGAGCUGGGAAGACAGGUCAGGAGAUUUACUGCGGUGUUGAGUCGUAGGAGAGUUCCUGGGAGCGAGAGCAGACAGUGUUGUUAGCGGGAAAGAAUAGGUGGGAGGAUUAAUGGAAACUGAAGUAAGUGGAAGAAAAAUGGCUAAAAUGAGAAAAAGCGAAGCCCAGCGAAAUUUCCAAAAGAAGAAGAAGCAGGUGUUUCCUUUCUACUGGGGGUACUGAGAAGGAUGGUGUGAAUGUAGAAAAAGAGGAGUGGAGUCAAGGUAGUGUUCUCAGGAGAGGGUGCUGCACUAAGUAUCCAUUUGCUUCUCUCUGGGACUAGAUUAUGGUAGGAAAGAGGACCAGCUAGAUGUAAUGUGAGGACCAAACAGGAGCGUGGGAUGCGCCGUGGCUUCUUACCUGCUGGGAAAAAGAGAAAGUCUGAUAGGAGACGGGAUUAAGAAUCAAGAGGGAAGGACUGAUGAAGCUACCUCUUGUGACCACAAUAAUACCGGCGGUAGUAAUAAUGGAAGAGGAAGAACAGCCGUAACAACUCUGUUCUUUCCUUCCACAAACCAUUAGUCCAAAAGUCUUUCCCAAUUCGGUUAAUGGAAACGUGCUUCCAAUUUCUCAGGUUCACACCUCAGAGUCAUUCUUAACGCCAUCCUUUCUUUCAGACACCACAAUCAAUCCAUCAGGAAGACCUGUCACCUCUCCUGUCAAAAUAUCUGCAGCCUGACUGUGUUUUACCUCCUCCACUGAACAGCUCUAGGUAGAGCCACAUUCUCUCUAGACUGGAUGUCAGAAACAGCCUCCUACCUGGUCUCCCUGUGUCCUGCCUUCCUUUCCCCAUCCCCUACCUCUGCCCCUACCACUAUCAAAUCCAUUCUCAAACAGUGGCCAGGGUGAUCCUAUGAAAAUGUACGUCAAAUCAUGUCACUCCCAUGCUCAAAAUCUACAGUGACUCAGCAAGUCGCUCAGAAUAAAAGCCAAAGCCAUCCGGGGACCUACACAACCUGGUCCCAUUAUGUCUCUGAUCUCCCCUCCUCCUGCUUGCACCUCACUCUGCUCUAGCCAUGCUGGCCUCCGUGCUCUUUGUUCCAUGCUGGCUCCGACUUCAGGGCACUUGCACUUGCUCAUCUCUCUGCCUGGAAUGGCCUUUCUCCAGGUGUGCACUUGGCUCACUCCCGUCCCUCCUCCAGUGGUGCCUCUCUGCACCACGCUAUUAAAAUUGCCACCCCCAAUCCCAAACCUCCUCUCUCUCCUCAUUCUCUGCUUCACUUCUCUUCAUGGAACUUACCACUGGCCAGUAUGUUGCAUAAUUUGCUUAUCUGUUUUAUUGUCUGCAUCCUCUCACUGCAGAUGUAAGCAUCAUAAAGGCCAACAUUUACAUCUGCUUUGUCUGGUCAUGUACUUACAGUGCCUGUAGUGGAAUCUGGCAGGUGGUUCAACGAGCGAAGGCCAAGAACAGCUAGUGACUUCGGAGAGCGUACGUGGUCCAUGUACUUUUCCUCUAAGCGCUUCACCCGAAUCAGAGCUUUUAAUCUUCCCAGCAAAUCCUAUGAGGUAAAUAUUGUCAUCAUCCUACUCUACAGAUAAGUAAGCUAGAGGCACAGAGAGCUGUGAACUUAUUCCAAGGCAAGUAGGACAGAUUCUCUCCUGGUCUGGUGGCGUAAGUGCCCAAUGAACCACCGUGUAUGAGUUCUGGGCACCACAUGCAUUGGUUUGUUGGGGCCUCUGAAAAAUGCACUACAAACUAAGUAGCUUCAACAACAGAAAUCCAUUGUUUUACGGUUCCAGAGGCCAAAAGUCCAAGACAAUGUAUCUGAGGGUUAGUUUCUUCUGAGACUCCGAGGGAGAAUCUGUUCCACACCUCCCAGCCAGUUUCUGUGACUUGCUGGCAAUCUCCGGUUUUCCUUGGUUUGCAGACUCAUCACCCCAACCCCUGCCUGUGGUUUUCUGUGUGUGUGUGUGUGUGUGUGUGUGUGUGUGGCUGUGUCCAAAGUUACCAUUUUUAUAAGGAUACCAGUUACACUGGAUUAGUGGUCCACCCUACUCCAGUAUGACCUCAUCUUACCUAAUUACAUCUGCAAACACCUUAUUUCUGAAUAAGGUCAUAUUCUCAGGUACUGGAGGUCAGGACUUCAAUUUAUGAAUUUUUGGUGGGGAUGCAAUUCAAACUAUAACAUUACAGAAAGCAACUUCCUGAAGACAAUGGCGAAUGAAAAACAAGGCAGAUUGGAGAAGAGUGGAAGUUUAGAGGAAGGGUUCAGAAUGGACUAAGUUUCCCAUUUUUAUAGGUGUAGCCUGAUGCCAGGCCACACUCACAACGAUGCUGAGACAGUUAAAACACUUGACAGAAAACCCUCUCCUCUUUGGUUCAGGAACCCAGAAUUGAGUAAAAAUCAAGUAUUUCCGUGGUAAUAGAGAUUAGUUCAGGAAAAAAUAUGUGACUUAACAAGGGCCCCAGAGAUACAUGAAGAAUUCUGGGGGCUUCUGGGUAGUUUCCUCACUCUUAAGAAAGAACUACAGGAAAAGAUGCUCUUUCUUCCUUUGGUGGCUGUUUUGUGUGGAUAUGUGAGUCAGGCUAGUGGAACCAUCUUCCUACCAGCCAGAGAAUAAAGCCAACACCAAAGGAAAGAGAAAAGAGAAGUGCUGAAGCUGGAACUGCUAGAUAAGUUAACCCUGCCGUCUGCCCAACUUCCUGACUCAGUUGUGUAGGAUUACAUACUUGUUUGUGUUUAACCUGUCAGAGUUGGUUUCUGAUUGCUUGCAGCUGAGGGCAUUGUAUUUGGUUCAUAACCAACACAUAAGUUCUACUUUUAUGAUAGCAUUUUAAUUUUUAUUAUAACUUGUGGCAUGAAAAUGUAUUCUGAUUUCUGGUAUCAUUUGGAUAGCUUAUAUUUUAUAUUUUGCUUCUGCUGGGUUUCAGAGGACAGUUCUUAUAAGAAAGAUGGAAGUUCUUAAAUGAUGAUCUGCAAAUGAAAAUUUUGUGACAGAGAGAAGUGUUCUGUAGUAGAUUUAUUAGACUUAGAAUACUUUUAUAUUUGUGAUUUCCGGUUAUUGUCUUUGAGUACUGAGUGCUUCUUACCUAGCUAACUGAGAACCAACCUAAGAUGAAAGACAUUAAAACCUUGCCAUUUUUCUUGGCAAUAAACAAAUACGCUCCAUAGGGUUACACCUUCAGGUACUCUCCAAGCCUUAUGUGAGCCAGGUAAUCUUCAUACCUAACCAGGUAGCUGGUGAAAAUGAAAUGGACUGGGCAGAUUUGAAGUUUAUGACUUCUUUUCCCUUUAGUUAGAAAUUAUACUGAGUAUACAGUUUUUUUUUUCAAAGAAAAGAAACAAAAGGAUAGCAUGUAAAGGAAGAGGCAGUAAAAAUAAUGGGCUUUCACAAAUGGAAUCACUAACCCCUGAAUAUAUGAGUUGGGUUUUCACAUUUUAAAAGUAGAAUUCUCAAGUAGAAAUUUAAAUGGGAGAAACUUUAAAAUAUGGUCCAUAUGACAAUGUUCAGUGUUUCUAGUUGUAUGCCUAUACUAUAAACUUGGGCUAAAUUUUUAUCUAAUAAAACUUAUAUUUAAAGCUCCAACACAAAGCACAUUCAAAACUUCCUUUGGUUGAAUAGCUGUUUUUUUCUCAUGUAAGAUCAUUCAGAACUUGGUAAAAAUGUAUUUGUGUAUCUCAUAUCCGUAAUCUUCUACUGAGCAGCUCUUUCAUCAUCUUCUAAAGAGAUCCCUUUAGUCUUUCUUGUUUGUGUAUCUUUGAUUUCUUAGCAUUAGCUUAGUGUCAACAUAAAAUACGGGAUUAGGAUAGAUUGUAGUAGACAUGGAAUAAGCAGUUAAGCUCAGGACUCCUGUAGCUAGAGGACAUUAUAGAGUAUCUAAGAAUCUGUCUGAUGGGGGAAGCUUCAGCCUCACAUACAAUUUGUCCAAAGGACAGAAACCCAAGAACUUAGUCCAGAGACAGCUGAAAGAGUAGUCGGAGGCAGACAGAAGAUGUGGGGCCAUUGAAAUAACAGACAGGAUGAAGUCCUGAAUUAUAAUUGUAUCAGGAAUUGUAGCAGUAUUACUAAAGGAAAUACUACUUAGCAUUCAGUGAAUAAGAUUGUUGCCAUUUAAAACCUGAACUAUAAGCAGUUAGUAUUAAAUGAUCUGGCAUAGCAUCAGAGUGGUGUGGAUUGCAAAAAAGAAAUUCAGGAGGAAUUGGACAGUGAAAGAAUAAAGAGCUGGACCUAACACAGAACAACAGACAAUUGUCAUUGUCACCCAUAUCGAGGCUCUCAUCAGUUCCUGGUGAGAGAAAACUCAGAACUCACUGAAUGAAAUUUAGUUUACUGUGUAUCAUUGUUUAAGAAAAUGGAAUGUAUUUUUCAUUCAAUAGAGAUCCUUAUUGUUGCUUUCUUAACGUUAAAUGAGAAAUCCAAAGAUAGAUUCAUGGUCCAGACAAUUCCAGCGAAGAUUCUGUACCCAUUGUGAACAAACAAGAUAAGCAUCCUGCAUUUCUUACAGGCUGGUGUUCAGACAAAGCUGCUGUCGGCCCCACACCUCACAUGUCUCAGGGACUUACGCCAUUUCUGUUUAUUGUGAUUACUGAUAUAUUUGGACUUGUUUCUCUUAUUUAGUUUUUAGAUAAAAAAUUUUCUGCUUUUUUUGUCUUAUUUUCUCCUUUCUUGCUUUGACUUUUGACUUAUUUCCUUCCCCUUAAGGGAAAGAACAUUAACAUUGACCUAUAGUCACCGGUCUUUAUACCCCUUCCUGAUGACAUUACUACAGUUAUAAUUAUGAAUUGUUUUAGAUAUACUUUCUUUUUUCCUUUUUGUAUUUCUAACUUUUUUUAAUUGUUAGGGAGGGCAAAGAAAACGUUGGUGAGGACAUACUCUUCCUUGCCAGACUGACAAUUACUACCCCAUCUCAUUUUUGCUUUCUCACCUCUCCCAACUUCUAUUAUAAUUAAGAACUUCAAACCCAGUGACUCUCAAGGUUCCAGUGAGCACAUUGUUCAUUGUCCAUCUCCCUGAAGUACUGCAUCUCCUCAUUAGAUCUUCUGAGCCACAGUCUCUUUCCUCUGGUUCAUCCAUCAACCCACUUCCAGAAACAUUCUUUCAUGCUGAAAUACCUUAUCUGCUGGUAAUCCUUCUUACUUUUCUAUUCAUUGUUGCAGGUGGAUUUCUAGCCUAAAUUUUUAUGUUGUAAAUUCCGUUCAGAUGUCAGGAGGAAUCGCAUGUUUGCCAUUUUAAAUCAGAAUUUUCUCAAUCAUCAUAGAUACCAAUGACACCCAAAUCUCAAUCUCAAUUUUAAAGCCCCUUCUUGAGUGCCAGACCCAUAUAUCAAAAUUUUUUUCCUGAACAGUUUAAUUUGGACAUCUCUCAGGUUAUCUUUCAAAUUCCACAGGCCACAAACUGAAGUUUUCUUUCUUUUGCCAAACUUCUCAUAUUUUCUCCUUUGGACAAACCUUUCCUCAGUUGCUCAGAUCAGAAACCUGAAUGUCAUUUUUGCCAUUUUUCUCCCAUUCACCAUCCCUCUGAUCACUCAACAAGUUCUUUCAAUUAUGCCUCCUAAAUAUCUCUUAAGUAGGUCCACUCCCCACUAUUGGAGGGACAUAAAUUGUUAAAACAUUCAGACUUAUCCUCCUCAUGUUAUUCUUAGCCCUUUCCAGACCAUUCUUUAUGCUGCUACCAGAGAAACCUUUCUAAAAUUCAAAUAUGACACAAUCUCUUCCUUGCUCAACAUUUUCCAAUAGCUCCUCAUUGUUCUAGGGAAAAAGAUUAACGGUUCUUAUUGCAACAUAUAAGACCCUUUGUGAUCUAGACCAGGCCUUUCUCUCCAGUCUCCUGUCAUUCCUAUAAGUGUCUGCCAAGAGUACACUCCAGUCACAGUGAAUUACUUAAAUGGUCUAUGACCUUUUUUACCCUCUGGUUUUGGCACAUGCUCUUUCCCCUACCUGGAAUCAUCUAUGUCUGGCCUGUAUUAACUCAUCCUUUGUUCUCCAAGGUCACCUUCUCUGAGAUGUCUUCGGGAGUCCUCAAGGUUGUUCCUCCUAGACAUUUUCAUAGGACCCACAGCUGCUGCUCUUUAAGCACUUAACGCACUGCACUAUAAAAUCUUUAGGCAGGAGUUUAAAUAGCAUUCAGCAACGUAGGCUUUUGCACAUUCUCAGAUGGCACUAGAGCCAAGUCCUUGGACUCCUGUGCUCAGAUCUAAUGUAUAUUUUAAUCUAAGAGAAAUACGAAGAAAAAAUUUCAGGGGAAGUUUUUUUCUUUUCAUGUAAGUUAAUGAUUGGGAUAAUUUAUUUAAUAAAAGUACUAUCAGAGGUUUCCUUUGGUGGUUUUUUGUUUUAAACAUUUUAGUAACAACUUCUAUAUAUGCCACUAGUAUUUAAUGAUAUUGUCAUAACAAGUAUCGUAUGUCUACAUCAGAAAACAAUGAUCCUAUAAAAAUUUUAUGUUGCACUUUCCACCUGAUCUCUUGCUGAAAAUUGCAUUUAUAUUCAGUCCCUUUUUGGUUUGCCAUCAUAGGCUAAUGCUGAUGACCUUCGAAAAAGAACACCUUAUGAAAUACACCCUAUGUGUACUGGAAUUAUUGAUUGUAUUACACUGUACAAUAGUCUCACAGUGAGUGAUCUCAUGGAAGAAAUCUCCUUCUGGCCAAGAAAUUAAGCACAGUUAUUGUUUUCUUGAGCAAUAAAAAAUACGUUGUGCAACUGUGAAGCUUACAGAUAAUUAUGUUUCCCUCGUCUCAGUAACAGUUAGGAUUAUGUAGUACAGAUUCCUUGAACUAACUUUACUCCAUGGUCUGCCUUGUAUUUCUACCCAUUUUUACCCCAUUGCCUCAUCUUUCUUACUUAUUUGACAUUUCAUUGUCAUUUUGCUAUAUUGUUUGCCCCAUGAUAAGUGUCAUAUUUAGUUCCUUUUGGAGAAAGAGAGGUAUACAUAAAUACACAAAUAAAAUAGUUGCCACGUUGAAGUGCUUGCACAAUAAAGAAUGGAUUUGAAUA